AUGGCUGAACUUUCAGAGCCAGAAGGUACUGUAAACUGGAAGGAAAGAUGUUUGACUCUGGAGUCACAGUUAAUGAAAUUUCGUCUCCAGGCAAGCAAGAUCAGAGAAUUGUUAGCAGAAAAGAUGCAGCAGCUUGAGAAACAAGUUAUAGAUGCUGAUCGUCAAGCAGAGAGAGCUUUUCAGCAGGUGCAGGUCAUGGAAGAAAAAUUAAAAGCAGCUAAUGUUCAAACAAGUGAAUCAGAAACCAGGUUGUAUAAGAGAUGUCAAGAUCUGGAGAUCCUGAUACAAGAUAAAAAUGACAUCAUACAGAAAUUGGAGCAACAACUUGAAGAACAGAAGCAAAUAAGAAUGCAAGAAGCAAAAAUCAUAGAAGAAAAAGCAGCUAAAAUAAAAGAAUGGGUGACAGUCAAGCUCCAUGAGUUAGAGGUGGAAAAUCAGAACCUUCGCUUGAUCAACCAAAAGCAAACCAAAGAGAUGAAAACAGUACAAUCUAAACUGCAAGAAGCUACAGGCAAGAAAUCUGUUACUUCAGCACAAAAACCUGGAGAGUGCCAGCGACUAAGCAGUUUGACUUUUGGAUGCUUUUCUAAUAGAGCAAGAAGUCCUCAACCAUCUCCUAAGUUGGAAGAAUUAAGCAAGUCUUCAUCUAAAGAGUCAGACUACACUGAAGGCAAAAACAUGCUAGAGAAGGAUAUCCUGGAAACCACCUUUGCUGGUACUGCACAGGAGAGCAAUAAAGGACAGAAGUCCUUGCAACAAAGUUCCCCUGGGUCAGAGCAGACCAAAAAUGUGAGAAGGAGCUGUUCAUCCAAAGACAUAGACAGCGACUUGUCAAAGAACUCCGGCACAACAGGGAGUGACUGGAGCUCAGAUGAGGAUGGAGGUGACAAUAAGGGACUGAAAUCCAGGUGUGCAUCCACUCUCUCGAGCCACACAUCCGAAGAGAAUGCAAGAUACAGUAGAGUGGGAAGUGAAAUGUAUUUGACAGCAUCUGAUGACAGUAGCUCUCUAUUUGAAGAAGAGAGUUUUGGUGUUCAGAGGACUCAGCACAAGAAGUUAUACUCCUGGCAGCAAGGGUCCCAAAGAAAAGGCCAGAACAAUCCAGGUGGAAAGAGCAACUCUGACUUCACGAGUAAAAAGAAAGACCAAGAUAGUUCUUCAGAUGAGCUGAGUAAGAAAUUUCAGUCUCAAAGGCUAGAUUAUUCAUCUUCAUCCAGUGAGGCAAAUACCCCAAGUCCAAUUUUAACCCCUGCUCUGACACCCAAACACCCAACUUCUGCAACGUCUGCAGGUUCUCAAUGCACAGCAAUAUCAGAUUCUCCCUCAAAUUUGCCUCCAACGUUGCGGACUCCUAAUGUGUUUAGUAUAAAUUCAGCACUAGCAAAAAAACAUCUAAGCCAGCCCCAGCUGAGUUCUGACAGAAUGUUUGGUAGAAAUAGAAAUGCCAUAAGCAUGAUACGUCCUUGGAGACCACAGGAAACAGAUAUUGAUCUGGUGGAUGGAGAAGAUACUGGUAUUUUAGAGAAAAUGGAGAUUGGCUGUGAUGAAGGAGUGUUUACCUAUGACUGCACUGAAGCCCAGGAACCUUGUGAUGCGACAAAAAAGGGUGCUAGCAACAAACCUCCAACCCCUCCAUUACAUCGAUUUCCUUCCUGGGAAAGCAGAAUUUAUGCUGUAGCCAAAUCUGGUUUAAGGAUGUCUGAAGCUUUCACCAUGGAGUCUCUUAACAGAAGUGCUGUUUCACUACCUUCAUACUCCAUAUCUGGCUUAUAUACAUCUCUGAUAUAUAAGAACAUGACCACUCCUGUCUACACCACUUUGAAAGGGAAAGCAACUCAAAUAAGCAACAGCCCAUUUAUAGAUGAGUCUUCGGGGUCAGAGGAAGAAGACAGCUCUCGGUCCAGCUCAAGGACUUCUGAGUCUGAUUCUCGAAGCAGAAGUGGUCCAAGUAGUCCUCGGGCUAUGAAACGAG